AUGGAUGAGACAACCAGAACACAAGUUGAAAUAAUAAAACAGGAGCAUGCUUUUAUAAAAGGAAAUAUGCAGGAUGAUAUAAAAAAUGAGAAGAAAGAAAAUGCUACAAAUAGUAAUGGAAAUGGAGAAGGUAGAUAUAUAUUCAACCUAUUAGAUCGUUUAAAUAAUUUUAAAAAAUUGAAAUUAAAAACAUCAGAAAACGAUGGAAGUGUAUCUAAAGAGAAUAAAAUUAUGGAUAAUGAGAUACAACAAUUGUCAGAAGUUGGAGGAGAACAAAAAGACCAUAAUAAUGAUAAACUUGAUAAAAUUAUUGAAAAUGAUUGUCAAAAUAUUGAAAAUGAGGAUUCAAGUAUUUUAAAGGAUAAUCAAUUGAAUGAAAAUAACGAUAACAACAGUAAUAAUGUGUGCAACCUAAAUUGUUUAAAAAAAAAAACACCUUUUGAUAAUGACCAUAACACAAUUAUUAACAAUAAUGAAUCAAAAGAAUACAUUAAUGAAGAAUCAAUUAUUCGAAACAAGAACCCAUAUGCUGAAUCUAAAUUAGAAAAAAUAGAAGAACUAUUUGAAGAAAUAAAAAAACAAGAAGAUUUAUUUGUUGAUGGAUUAUGUGAAGAAUUAUUAGUAUCAUUCGAUAAUUUGUGUUCACUUCUUAUUGACCAAAUUAAAGAUAUAAAACUUGGAAGUAAAGAUAUAGAAAUAUUUUUAAAAGGAGAAAUCGAGAAAAUAAAAGAGAAUAAUAAUAUAUUAAAUAGAUAUUUAAUUAAAAUGCAGAAUGAAAAGAAUGAUAUGUUAUUUAAUAUGAAUGAUAACAUGUUGAAUGAUAUAAAAAUAUCUUUUUAUGAUAUUUUUGAAAAAAUGUUAAAUGGUGAAUAUAAAAAAGAAUAUGAAGAAAAUAUAAAAGAAGAUAAAAAUAAAAGAAUUAUAUAUUUUAUUUUAUGUAAGAAGCAAAUUAUUUAUAUUUUAGAGGAGUUAUAUAAAAAUGUUUAUAAGAACAGAAUAAAGGAUGAAACAUAUAUAAAUAAAUUAUAUAAUAUGAAUAAAUUUGUUUAUAUAUUAAAUAAUGUAAAUAACAAUUCUUUUAAUAAUAUUAUGAUUGAAAAGAAGAAUCAUAUUAUUGUAGAUAAUGUUGAAAAUAUAAAAAGAGAAACUGAACAAGUUGAGAGUGUUUUAGAAAAUGUUAUUGAAAAUGUUUUAGAUGAUGAAGAACAUUCAUUUGAUAAAAAGGAAAAAAUAAAUAAGAUAAUGGACAGAAAUUUUCUUGAUGUUAAUUGUGUUGAAAAAAAUGAUGGUAUGCAUGAAUCAGAUGUAUUUGAAAAUAAUCAUAAAUUAAGUAAUGAUACAAAUAUUAGUUUAGAAAGUAAUAUAAGUAAUAAAACGAAUCAGAUAAAUAAGUUGAGUUUAAAUAAACAGAUAUCUAACUGUUUUAGUAAGGAUCAUAAUAAUAAUCAUAAUAUAAAUCUUAAUAAUAAUAAUAAUAAUAAUGAAACACAAUUUAGUUUGUCUACAUGUUUAACAGAAUCAUCUUUUAUGGAUAAAAAAAUGAAAGAAAAUAAUUCAAAAGAAACAAAUAUUACUAAUGAAAAUCCAAAUGUAGAAGACUAUUCGAAUGAUAUUAUAAAUAAUAAUGAUAAUAUGAAUAAUGUUCAAGCUGAUACUGAAAAUAUAAAAAAUAUGUAUGCAAAUGAUAAUAAUUUUGUGAAAAUGGAUUAUAAUGACCAGUUUAAUAAUCACUACACAAAUAAUAUAAACAGUAAUAAUAAUAAUAAUAAUAAUAAUAAUAAUAGUGAUAGUAAUAAUAAUAUAUACAAUAAUAUUAGCAAUAAUAUAUACAAUAAUGUUAACAAUAAUAUAUAUCAUAAUAUGAACAAUAUUAAUAAUAAUAUUAGCACCAAUAAUAUUACCAAUAAUAAUAAUAAUAAUAAUAAUAAUAAUAAUAAUAAUAACAAUAUUAGUAGCAAUAAUCAAUUUGUUCAUACCCAUUUUAAUAAUAAUCUACUUAAUCAAUAUAAUGAUCAAUUUAAUAUUACAAUGAAUAAUCAUUUAAAUAAUCAACUAACGAAUCAAUUGAAUUGUAAUUUAAAUAAUGAACUAUCAAAACAACUUUCUAAUCAAUUUAAUAAUCAAGUAAAGAGUUCUUUAAAUAAUAUAGUAGGAAGUACAAAUAAUUUAGUGAAUGAAUAUUUUAGUGAUAUGAUGGUUUAUAUUUCUUGGGUACCUAAAAGUGCUAGAUGUCAAUAUCCUAGAGAAUUACCAAAGAGUGCAGCUGAAAGAAAUAAACUAAAUGAAUAUAUCGUAGCUAAAGAACAAAUGUUAUAUAUUUUAAGAGUGAUGGGAUAUGAAGAGAUUGAUAAUAUUUAUUUCCAUCCACCAAAAGGAUCACAUAUAAAAAUAAAAUUUAAAAGUAUGAUAUGUAUGAAUAAUUUUUUGAAAACUUAUAAAAAUACUCCUGAUAAAUGGAAAGAAGAUAUGUUCAGAUUUUUUAAUAUUCCUUUGAGAAGUAGUAUAUCUGUUCGUGAUCUUAGAAUUGAAAGAGCUGUUCCACGAUCAUCUGCAGCUGAAUUUAAGAAAAUGAAAAAAUUGAAUAAAAGUUAUCAAGAUUUAUUUUUAUUUAAAGACAAUUUUAAUGUAUGUGAAGAAAAUAUGGAUACUUUAGAUAAUAUCGAAAAAUUAGAUUUUCAUUAUGAUACAUAUAAUAAAAAUGUCAUAUUACAAAAUAAAAAUGAUAUUGCAUUGAAUAAACUUUUAAAUGACGAUAAAAAUAAUCUUUCUAAUAUGAAAAAUGCAAAUAUAAAUAUUCACGAUGAAAAUUAUACUACAACUAAUAAUAAUAAUAAUAAUAAUAAUAAUAGUAAUACUAAUAGUAAUAAUAAUAAUAAUAAUAAUAGUAAUAAUAAUAAUAAUAGUAAUAAAAAUAAUAAUAUCAUUUUAUUAGAUGACCACCACCACCACAAUAAUAAUAACAAUGCUGUUGUGAAUAAUUCAUUAUCUAUACCUGUUUCAGGUAUUAAUAGUUAUUACGCACCUGCUGUAAAUGUACAUGGUUUUUUAGGAAGUAAUAAUGCUGUUAUGAUGAAUAAUACAAUUAUAAAUAAAACUAAUAAUGAUUUAAAUAACCUUUGUAGUAGUAGCACUAGUGCAAAAAAUUAUAUGAAAGAUAUUAAUAAUAGAUUAUUUGUAGGAACAAAAAUUGAUAAUAAUACUUUGAAUAUAAAUACAGAUCAUUUUAACUCAAACGUUAUGAAAAAUAUACAUAACACCCUUACUACAACAACAACUACUACUAUGAUAAAUAAAAAUGAAAAUGACUUAAUGAAUUACACUAAUUUGAAUCAUAAUAAUACAAUGUUUGCAUCUAGAACUUCAUCAGCAAGAAAUAACAACAACAAUAUUAAUAUUAAUACUAAUAGUAAUAAUAAUAUUAAUAGUAAUAAUAAUAAUAAUAAUAUUAAUAGUAGUAAUAAUAAUAUGUAUCUACUCAAAAAUAAAAACUUGAAUAGAAAUGGUUCUAUUUUAUCGAAUCUUAAUUUUUUGAACACAAACAAUAAUAAUAAUAAUAUCAACAAUAAUCAAAAUAAUAAUAUUCUUAGUAGUAGUAGUGUAAAUUUAAAUAACACCAACAUCAAUAAUAUAAAUAGUAACACUAUAAAUAAUAAUACAAACUUGAAUAGUACAAAUAUAAUGAAUAAUAAUCUUUUAAACAACAAUAAUAUGAAUAAUGUUAAUAAGGAUUUUUUGACAAAUAAUUUUAAUCUUAAGAAAAAUACACACUAUGCUUCUCUUACAAGCAGUGGAAAUAAUAUGAAUUUAUUGAAUGAACCAUAUAUUUCAUACAAUAAUAAUAAUGAAAAUAUUAAUAAUAUGAAUGGUAAUAAUAUAAGUGGUAAUAAUAUUAGUGGUAAUAAUAAUAUGAACGGGCAUACUGAUAAAAAUGUUACAUAUGUGAAUCCUUUAAAUAAUAAUACAGAUAUAAAUAGUAAAAAGGAAAAUAAUUUACUUUUAUUAAAUUAUAAAAAUAGCUAUUUGAAUAAUAAUAAUAAUAAUAAUGGUAGUAAUACAUUUUCAAAUUGUGGACAAAGAGUUAAUCAAUUAAAAUGUUUAAACACUUAUAAUAAUAAAUUGAAUGAAGAAUUAUUAAAUGAAAAAUAUAUAAAUAAUGAGGAUUUAAAAGAUGAUUUGAAAAAUUUAAUUAAUAUAGAUUUUAUUAAUGAUAUAGAUAUGGAAUAUGAAGAAAAACAUACAUAUAAUAACGAAGCUUUUUUAACAACAACAAAUUCAAAUUUAUUACAAAGACAUACAUAUCCAAAAAAUUUUCCUUCACUUAAUGAAAAUACAUUACUUACAGUUGUAUCUUCUACAUCCAAUAAUAAUAAUAUGAAUAAAAUGAGAGAAUAUCAAACAACUAUUGACAAAUUUACAUAUAAUAAUGUUAUGAAUUGUGAAGAACAAAAUUAUAUGAUGAAUUUUAAUCAAACAAAUGAUGAUGAUAAUAAUAACAAUAACAAUAACAAUAAUAAUAAUAAUAAUAUAUUUCAAGAUGAUUUUACACAUACUAAUUUACAAUUAAAUAGUAGUAAUAAUAAUAAACUUCUUCAUUUAUCUAGUUUUAAUAGUAGUACUCCUACUAAUGGUGCUAUCGUAUUAGAUGAUUUUAAUUAUUAUCAAGAUGACAAAUUUAACUUACAUAAUAAUAAUAAGAAAAAUUUAUUUACAAAUUAUUAUAAUUCUUGUGAAAUGGCUAGUCCAAAUUCUAAUAUGAAAAAUAAUCAAAAUACAACUUUUAAUAUGGAUGCUACAAUUAAUGAUAAUUAUACACAUCUUGAAAAUAUAAAACGUAAUCAUAACAAUAGUUCUAACAUUAAUAUGAAUAAUAUGAAUAAUAAUAAUAAUAAUAAUAAUUCUUUAUAUAGAAGUACUUUAAAUCCAAAAAAUUUUAUGAAUGAUUUAAACUUAAAUAAUAAUUAUAGCAAUUUUGAUGAAAAUUUUCAAGGUAUCAAAAAAAAUGAUGAUAAAAUGAGAGAUUAUGAUAUUAUCAAAGUUAAUGAUGAGGAUAACAAAAAUUUUCUAAGUUACCCCUUUCAUGCAUCAUCACACAUAGAUACUGAUCAGAAUUUUACAAAUAAUUAUGUAAACUUUUUUUAA